AUGCUAACGAAUUAUGGCUCUUUUUAAGGAAGCUACCAUUCUCACAAAAUCAGUGUUUUCUAGCCCAGAUCAACUUAAAAUGCUGGGAUAUUUUAAAAAGCUAAAGUGAGUAAUGAUUGGAGAACUACAAAUAAUACUCAUUUGUCGAUCUAUAGAAAUAACCUUCAUCAUAUAAAUUGGAUUUCUCCAUAAAGAGAAGAGACGGUAGAAGUACUCGGCAAAAGUAUAAAUCAGGAUUAAAAGUCUCAAAAUAGUUCCCACUCCUAACAAAAGUUUAGUAAAUUCAAAUAACUUUAAAUCUUAAAUGAAACUAUGUCACGCAUUUCUACAAUUGACGCUCUCAAUAAUAAUAUCUUGGUAAAAAGAAUAAAUGUUGACAACAACCUUGCUUAAAAUAAAUCUCCUUAACCUAAUUAAAACUAUGCUAUAGUGAGUCCAAAUAGAUACUAGUCAUUGCAAUAAAGCAUUUAGGUCUUUCCCAACAUUGCUUUAAAAUAAUAUGUAAAUGACUGUCUGGAACCUAUAUAAGGAUAUUAAGUAGAAGCAUUCAGGCUGGUUAAGAGCAAGAUGAACUAAGUAUUAAGAAAGGAAGACUUAUAAGAUUUGCAUACCAAGACUCUAAAGACUAAACUAAAUAAGCUAAUAAAACUUAGAGAGACAUCUGAUUUUAAAGUAAGACAGCGAGAUGUUGCUUAAUAGUUAGAGGAACUUAGUCCUAAUUAUAAUAAUUUAGAGAGGUUUGAGUAAGAUUUUAAUGUAGCCAACACUAAGAGGAUGAAGAAUAAUCAUUCAUCUAGAAAAUCAUAAAUUAACCAAAGGGACUCAAAACUACAAAUGAAAAAUAUAAAUAAUUAAGAGUCAUAGGCAAAGAUAGUGGUUUUGCCUUCUGUCUAAACCUUGCAGCCUGAAACUGAAUUGCAAUAAUGGACUUUUAGGCAAAGUCAUUAGAACACUAAUAGAAUUAGCAUUCAUUUAAAUAAGAAUAAGCCGGAUCCAAAUACUGAGCAAGAAGAUGAAUAAACUGUUGGGGAUUACGAUUAAGAUCAUAUCAUAAAUUUUAAUCAGCAUUAUAACAACUUAGAUCAAGACAAAUUUUUUCAUUACAACUAGUUUGGGCAGAGUUAAUAUAAUAAUAACGAAGAUACAUUAAGUGAUUUAAAAUCUUAGGAAUUUAUAGUCAAUCAGAAUCGAAGCUAUAACAAGUCUCCAACUCCAGUAUUAUUCGAAGCAUUUAAAGAUGAUAUUUAAGAAUAAGUAAUCAAUAAUCAAUAGUUUCGUAAUACAAUGUAUAUAAGAGACUAAAAAUCAUUUAAAACUUGUGAAGAUUCUACUUUACCUAUUAAAACUUUAAGAACUAUAAAUAUACAUGAUAAAAGAGAUAAUAAAAUGACAGCUAAAGGUUUUUCAGAUUUAGCAAGAUAAAGUAUAUAUUUUAACAAGUAUCCCAAAAGUAAGCUCGAAGAUCAAAGAGGUAAUCAAACGCUUGAUGAGCUCAUUAAGCUAGAUGAUAAUGCUGAUAUAUAAAUUAACAAUGAUAAAGUUUAGAAAAGAAAGGAGGCAAGUAUUAUAGCAAGCAAAUUUUGA